GAGGAGUGGGAAGUGGAAAUCCUGGUCCCAAAGGAAAGCACGAUACAAGGAUUAAGAUUUAAGACCCAACAUUUGUGCAAACCACGCCAGAAUUUCAUUAUUUCCAAUUCGGAGCUUCCAUUAACUUACCAACGCUCAAAUCCCCCGAGUUGGUACACCACCAAUUUUCGUGGGAAACAAUAAACAAAACAAAACAAAAAGGGUCUAAUUUUUUUUUUGACAUAACCCAUUCUUAUUCAUCAAAGCAUCCCCAUCUGUGCCAAAUCUUCUCCUCUCGCUAUGGGUUGCGGCUCCUCCCUUCCAGAUAGGGAUUCAAGGCUGUUGGGUCGACCCACUUCCGAGAAUGGUGGAGGGCAGGACGCCAAGAAUCUAAGAGUCAAGCUUGUUCUCUUAGGUGAUUCUGGUGUUGGUAAAAGCUGUAUUGUUCUACGCUUUGUUCGUGGUCAGUUUGAUCCAACAUCCAAGGUAACUGUUGGAGCCUCUUUUUUGUCGCAAACAAUAGCUCUGCAAGACUCUACAACAGUCAAGUUUGAAAUAUGGGAUACUGCUGGUCAAGAGAGGUACGCUGCAUUAGCACCGCUCUAUUACCGUGGUGCUGCAGUUGCAGUUAUUGUCUAUGAUAUAACAUGCCCAGAAUCUUUCAGCAAAGCACAGUACUGGGUUAAGGAGCUACAAAAACAUGGGAGUCCCGAUAUAGUGAUGGCAUUGGUUGGUAAUAAAGCUGAUCUUCUAGAGAAGCGGGAAGUGGCUGUACAGGAUGGCAUUGACUAUGCAGACAAGAAUGGUAUGUUUUUCAUAGAGACAUCUGCAAAGACCGCAGAUAAUAUUAAUGAACUGUUUGAGGACAUUGUUGACUAUGCUACUAGCAAGCUUCCCCAAGCUGUUCUUGCUGCCUGAAGAUAGUUGUAGCAAACUCAUAGAGACCUAUUGGAGGGGCUAAAGAUGAUCUUGGAAUAGGAAUCCCGUCCUACAAAAAUCCAAGAUUGAGUCUUUUCUGACAAAGGAAAUUGCGAAAAGACUGCCUCGCCCACCAGUUAGUUGAUGUAGCCAGAUUGCAGUCCGGUAAAGGAUCUGCAUUAGCUUUGGAUCCUUCAAAACUGUAAUGUAUUAUGGGUUAUGUAUUUUUUUUAUUUUUAUUUUUAUGUAUAUUGUGAUGAUUUUAAUAAUAUCAUGUGAGAUAGAUGAUAUAUAUUAGUCUAUGCUUUGUGAGACCCACAAAAAUGAAUCAUUUCGUAUCUUAUUGACUGGUAUGCCUAAUUAAGGCUAUGAUAUCAAGGCAUUUGGUUGUUGUGGAACCACAAAUCAUGCCUAAAUUUAACGUAUUUGGAUUCUAUAAA